AAAAUGUUUAGAAUGGCGACCGCUCUGAUCGUCCGCUUGAUAGGUGACAUAACCUCACUUUUAGUCGUCUCGCGAUGACGAGAUGCGCGUUCUCGCUCGCGAGUGAUAACUCGCGACGCGAUCGGCUAGGUAUGGCGGGGCCGUAAUUAAAUUUUAUUCAUCAUCAGCGAUAAACCGCCAGCGUAUGCCGUUGAACACGUAGCCGUUGUCUAGGAUGAUGAUCGUCGACCUGGACUACACGAGGCACUACUUGAGCCUGCAGAUCAACGAGAUCGUCUGUUGGUGGUGGUAUUAUAUUAGAGAAAUGUCGUGGCAGCUGCUGAUCGCCCUGUUGGCGUACCUCUGUGUCUGUAUCUUCCUCUAUACUCUUCUCAAAAGAGUGGGCCAUGCUGCCUGGCAACUACCAGGUCCACCUAGCAAACUCCUUCUGGUCACUGCUCAUCCCGAUGACGAGGUGAUGUUCUUCGGACCUAUGGUCUACUGGCUAACGCGUUCUAAGGUCACAGAGAUCUACUUGCUGUGCUUAUCAAUGGGUGGAGAUAGAAGGAGGAUAGAUGAGCUGUGGGCCUGUGCAAAGGUCUUAGGCAUCCCAGAGUCUAAUGUAACAAUUAUUAUGAGUAGCGAGUUACCAGACAACCAGGCUGUACAGUGGCCAACAGAUGAAGUGGCGGAGAGUAUUUUACAAUACAUAGAGAUCUACAAGAUUAAUGCCGUCGUAACAUUCGAUAAAUAUGGUGUAAGCCGGCAUAAGAAUCAUAUCUCCUUGUACUUUGCAAUUGCUGCAUUGUGCAUAGAGAAGAAAGUACCUCCUUAUUGUAAGUUAUAUGUGUUAGAAUCCGUUAACAUAAUCAGGAAAUACAUUCAACUCCUGGACUUGCCCAUCAGCUUACUCUCAGCCCCGUAUUGGUAUCUGGUGACACGCGAACAAAGGCGUAUAAUCAAAAAGGCUAUGACUGCACACAAGUCUCAAUACGUGUGGUACCGGAAAUUAUACAUGAUUUUUUCGCGAUAUACAUUCAUCAAUACCCUCCAAGAAGUCAGCGCUCUCGAUUUGGAGUUAGAUCUCCAAUUUGAUGAUGACUGAACACGUCCACGAACAAAUAUUUGUACAAAAUAUGUAAUUAACGAUUAUUCUGUAUAUACUUUGUCUACCGAUAAAUACACUAAUUAAUGUACAUUAUAUACACAAUGAAAAUCACAUGAAAGCUA